GUAAAUGCAGCUUCCGCUGCUGGUUUAUGAAGGGAGCCGGGGCGCGGAGCAGACUUCAGCACGGAGGGAGCGGAGAAACAUACUAACGAACAAAAUGGGAGUCGAGAUUGAGACAAUUACCCCGGGCGACGGAAGGACUUUCCCCAAAAAAGGACAGACGUGCGUGGUGCAUUAUGUUGGCUCCCUGACAAAUGGACAGAAGUUUGACUCCUCCCGUGACAGAGACAAGCCAUUCAAAUUCAAGAUAGGAAAGCAGGAAGUGAUUCGUGGUUGGGAGGAAGGAGUUGGCCAGAUGAGUGUGGGUCAGCGAGCCAAACUGACCUGCUCGCCCGAUUUUGCCUACGGGAGCAAGGGUCACCCCGGGAUCAUCCCACCCAACGCCACCCUCAUCUUUGACGUGGAGCUACUGAGCAUCGAAUGACACGCCCCACCACACUUUGAAUUCUGGGUUGACUCCAACCUUGGGGAGAUGCACCUGAUUCUACAAGGGACUUGAGUCUAUAGUUCCACCACUUUGGUCACUAUCUUCUCCAUAUUGAAAAAAAAAAUCUGUACUUGUUAGUGACCUUUUUUUUUUUUCCUUCUCCACACAACCUUCCUUAAACUAUGGGCCAUAACCUUCCAAACCUGGUGAUGUUCUUUCAUCUUGAACUUUAAACUGUGCUUUUUGUUUGUUUUUUUGUGUAGAGUAUCUAAGUUGUGCAUGAUCAAGAGUACCAAAUGAAAUCGAAUGAAUUUAACAGAAACAGCGAGUGAAGGCACACUAGCAAAUCCUUGUCCCUGCCACGCACACAUUGGCAUCACUGUGAUACCAAACCACAAACCUGACUUCAAAAAAAAACAAAGAUAAAAGCGCAUGCAUGGGCUUUCAUUCUCUCCCAGUUUGGCAAUGAGGGGAAAUUCAUUGAUUAGUCUAUGAAGGUCUAAAAUUAUAAUUUAAUAUGUACUAGAAGAAUUAUGGGUUGUCUUAUUGGUAUGGAAUUCCAGUGAAAACACUGAAUUCCCUCAUUCUUUGCAUCAAAGCAGCAGUUAAAUUGCAUAUGAAUUACCACAUUUCACAGUCUGUGUUUACGCUUGGAACUCGUUACUAGGCAACCUAAUAUAUCCAGCUGCAGUAAAGUGAUGUACAGCCUUAGUCAUGUCUGACUGAUCCAGGGUCAGCACCACUACUACAUGUCCUUGCCAAAGUGAGGGAGAUGCAGGAUUGUCAGCUUGCACAGGUUAAAAACCUGGUUUGAGUCAUCCUUCCUGUUCUUUUUAGUUUUGACAGCCUUGAAUCGGAGACCACAGAUGGAUUGGUCCCUGUAAUGAAUGCGUGUGCACGCACACACAUUAAAAUGCAAGGUUUUUAUUCAAGAAUUGCAUCUUAAAAAAAAAAAAAAACCUGGGACUGUGGACCUCAUAAAUGAUCAGUUCUUAACCCUCACCCUCCCUGCACACCUACACGUGUCUCCAAUGCUGUGGUCUAUAUUUUUCAGAUGCCAACUUUUGAGCUCAAAUAAAUCCUUAAACCCUGCA